GGCCUGUAGAAAACGUAUCGCGAGAUUUCAGCGGGCCUCGCUGAGGGGUGGAGUUUUUGUACGCGGAAGCACUGGGGGGGGGGGGCUUGACGCUGUGCGUGCUGACGUGUUGGAGGAAGCAGAAGCAGGCUAAGCGGUCGCCAUGUCAGCUGGGAGCGGACGAAGAAGCAAAUGGGACCAGCCGGGCCCCCCCACCACCACUCUUCUCCUCCCUGGUGUGAUUCCCGCCAUUAUCCCCUUUACUGCCGGCGCCUUCCUGAGCCCCCCUGAAAUAGCGGCUGCUGAUGCCACAAGCGAGGCUGUUAGUGCUCCGUCCGGGGCCCUGGAUGCUGCCGCCGCUGUGGCUGCCAAGAUCAAUGCCAUGUUGGUGGCAAAGGGGAAGAUAAAGCCGUCUCAGAAUGCCACCGAAAAGGUUCAUGUACCAGGCAAAGCUCCCGCCGCAGCCAAAAGUAAAGACGAUCUGGUGGUGGCAGAAGUAGAAAUCAACGAUGUGCCCCUGACGUGCCGGAAUCUUCUUACAAGGGGGCAGACGCAAGAUGAGAUCAGUCGCAUGAGCGGAGCAGCAGUAUCAACCCGGGGGAGGUACAUGACUGCAGAGGAGAAAGCCAAAAUAGGACCUGGAGAUCGACCUCUUUAUCUGCAUGUUCAGGGGCAGACGCGGGAACUUGUUGAUCGAGCAGUCAACCGGAUCAAGGAAAUCAUCACCAGCGGAGUGGUAAAAGCUGCCACCGGCUCCAGCCCGACCUUUAACGGAGCCACCGUUACUGUGUAUCACCAGCCGGCCCCAGUCACUCCCGUGGUGUCUGCCGCUCCUCCCAAACCUCAGUUCCAGUCGGGGAUGCAUUACGUACAAGAUAAGUUGUUUGUGGGCCUAGAACACGUGGUGGCCACUUUCAAUGUGAAGGAGAAGGUGGAAGGUCCCGGAUGCUCUUACCUCCAGCACAUUCAGAUGGAAACCGGUGCCAAGGUUUUCCUACGAGGGAAAGGAUCCGGUUGUAUUGAGCCGGCCUCGGGGAGAGAAGCCUUUGAGCCGAUGUAUAUUUAUAUCAGCCACCCAAAGCCAGAGGGGCUAGCGGCUGCCAAGAAGCUCUGUGAGAAUCUCUUGCAAACAGUCCAUGCAGAAUACAAUAGGUUUGUGAACCAGAUAACCAGCACUGCACCCAUGACUGGUUACGCACAGCCUCCUCAGAUCAGUUCUGUAUCAAUGCAGCCUCAGUACUACCCUCCUAACGGCUACCAGACUGGCUUUCCAGUGGUCCAACCGCCUGCCCCCCAGCCUGCUGUUCAGGUUCCCUAUGUGGUUUCUACCCCAAUUGCCAGCCCAGUGCCCCCACCACCUGGAGUGGUUCCUAACAUGGCAGCUCCGGUUCCAGCUGUGCCAACAUGUUAUCCAAUCCCACAGGUGCAGCCACCAGGCUUGUCUCUUCCAGUUCCACCCCAAGGUCAGAAGCGACGCUUCACAGAAGAGCUUCCAGAGGAGAGAGACUCCCGUCUGCUGGGAUACCAGCAUGGACCCAUUCAUAUGACUAAUUUAGGUACAGGCUUCCUGGUCCAAAGCAAGAUGGACGGCGCGUCGGUCAGAUCGGACACCGUGGUUGUCAAAGAACGAGAGAGGGACAGGCAGUUGAUGCCUCCGCCUGGUUUUCCGGUCUCUGCACAGAAGGAGCCAGAGGAAAAGUCUGCGGCUGGGACAUUAGGGGUUGCAGAAGGUGAGUACAGUGACGAUCGUGUGUCCAGCCAUGUGGAGCAGCUCAGAUUUUGCACACACAGCCAUUUGUCCCUGCCGUUCAGAUUUCUCUGGAAUCUACAAGGCCUAAGACUUCCCUCCCAUUUGCCCUGCCAAAUUUUAACUGGUCACUGGCCAAAUGCCUCAUUAUGUAUGGGCGGCCCCAUCCUGCGAGCGCUGGGUAUUACACCCUUGGGGUUGGGGAGAUCUAUUAACUGGAAACACAAAGGCUUCCUUCUCUGUUUUCAUCGCUAACUGUAUAUUUUUGUAUUCUUUGUGUCUUUUUUUUUUUUUUUUUUCUCCAUUCUCUCUUUUCUUCCAUGCUCGUGAUUGGACCGUCCUUUCCCGGCGUUGCACUUGAUUCUCUCCGUCAUGACCUGGGGGUUGACCUUGAUGCCCGUUGCAAUCUUCCAAAUGGUGCACGACUAACGAAUUUGCCUAUUAUUCCAUGUCUUGUGAAAUAACGGAACCCGCUGAAUUUUGUUUUUAUCUCACCUUCUGGGCAAUUUGUCUUGUGUUCCCCUCCCCCCUUUUUUUUUCCUCUUUCUUUCUUUUCCAGAUAAUUCCAUAAAAAAGCUAAAGACCUCAGAUAAAACCUUCGGCUUGGUCGCUUACGCCGGGGACUCGUCCGACGAGGAGGAAGAUCAUGGAGUUCUAAAGAAUUCGGGCUGGAGUGCAGGUUACCAGUACCCGGCUUCCCAGCAACAGCAGCGGCCAAAGCCUCAGAUGCCAUUCUGGAUGGCCCCCUAGAACUUUUUUUGGAACAACCUGCAGCAAUAAUCCAGCAUGUACAUUACACAAGGGCCCUUUUUAUUUUGAUGUUUGGGGUUUUUUUUUCUAAAAAUGGGACUUGAUUUGAUAGGAGUAGUACGAUGAAAAGUGGGAUCCCUCUUCCUUUAAUUAUCCAGCAACAGCCCCAGAGAUUGUUCCCAAGCAGAUCCGAGGGCAAAUGUAAUGUUGCCGAAUGGACAGACGGAAUGUUUUUGGCUGCCGCUCGAUGCUUCCGCAUGGUGUAGGAAUUUUUUAUUUAUAGAUUUUUAUUCCUUCUUUUUAUUUAUGCCUUCGCUGGAGGAGUGACACCGCUACCAAAGCCGUGGCAUGCAGUUUUUGUCCGGCAAGUGCUGCUUUUAUAAGAUUAGGGUGGAGCGAACCUGGAGACAAGCAACUUGUAGCCAUCCAGUUAGCAACAAGGAGUAUUCGACAGCAGCCCUGGGAUUUGUAGUUCAACAACGUGCAUUGGUCAGGGACAAACAGCAGGUUUCCCUCCCACCCUUAUCUAUAGCUAUUCCUAGCCUGCCAGUAUUCUGCAUUGGUGAUCAUUGACCAGCUCAAUAGAUAAAGUUGUUCAGGGCUGUAUUGUGGUUAUAAGACUGUUGCCAGCUCCAUGUUGGUGCACUAAAUAAAUAUUCCUCGCAGUAUUUCCUCAUGAAGUGCAAUAUUUAUUCAAUAUUGAUUCAUCUCAUUCCCAUAAAACACAAACACACAAUAUACUCAACGGGGCUCAUUUAUAAACACUGGGCAAAUUUGCCCCUGGGCAGUAACCCAUAGCAACCAAUCAGAUGAUUGCUUUCAGCGUUCAACCUGCAGCUGGUAAAAAAAAAAAGCUAUAAACUGAUUAGUUGCCAUGGGUUACUGCCCAGGUGCAAAUUUGCCCAGUGUUUAUAAAUGCGCCCGUUGGGUUUAUUACUGAAAUAAGACCGUGACUCCCUCUCCUUUCAGCUGCUCAUUAUAUUCACUAUUUUUCAGUUCCCCUUUAAAUCACAGGGCAGCAGUUGAGUGAGUGUCAUUGUGAGCAGGUGUAGCCACUGAGUCCAAGAAGAGGGGGCGAUUCCUUGUGUAACAUUUAAUCUGCCGGAGGUUAGAGCAUUAGGGCCCCCCUAGUGACCCCCAACAGAGACAAUAUCAGCUUUAAGGCUUCUGCCCUUGUGUUCCUCAGCUCUUGGAUUAUCUCUGCCUGUGUUUAACUCCCCCCCCCCCCCAGCACAAACCAUUCUACCAGUUCAUCCCCCCUAAUGACCUGUUAAAUACAUCUGAUUCUGGGGUCCCACAACAUCUGUCGCUCUACUUUCCCAAUUCUUUUUCUUGCUGUAAAUAUUUCAGUUCUACUUUUAUUGUAAAUAAAUGAAUAAUUGUA